AUGCAUUAUCAAAAGGCUAGAAAGAUUGCCCUUAACUUAAUCAAAGAUUGUGUUUGGAACAGUAUUGCAGUUUAUAAUCAUCCAGUAGAAGCCAUCAUCGCACUUCAACCACCAUUAACCAGACUUAAUACUGGGUUAUUUUCAAAAUAUGAAGGUAUUGUUGAUAGGGAAAACAUAAACAAAGCAUACUUCAUUUUAGAUAAAGGAAAAGAAAUGAGAGAAGAUGAUCAACUAUCUUCAUUAUUUGGAAAUCUUAAUCUUGAAUAUAUAAUAAUCCCUUUUCAGCAUAUACCUGCAGGCAAAGACAUCAUCGCACCCGGUAAAGAUAAAUUUUCGGUAGAUUACAUUACCAAACGGAUAAUAGAACAAACUUUCAAGCAAGAUAGCAAGUCUCUUGACUUCAAACAACUCUUUUAUCCGGCAAAUAGAAAAGUUUUGGAACUUCCAGAAUCGGUUCCUCUCUGCGAACUCCUUAAAUAUGAGAUAGGUUAUAAAAAAGAUGUUAAAGCUACUUUUAUGAAUCAUAUAUCCUUGGAAGUAGCAAAGGCUAUUGAAAAUCGCCUAGUUGAAUUGGAAUAUCAAAAAAAGUAUCCCAUUCAUUUAAUUGAUAACCAAGCUGAAAAGCGUUUUAUUGUUUCUACAUAUAUUACAUCAGAUGGUAAAUUAAUACCACGAAAAUUUAAAGCUGCAAACAAUAAAAUCCUUUUCUACGCUUUUGUUGGUCCAAAAUCUACCUUGGAUUUUCGGUUCAAAGUUCUUUCUCAAGAACCACCCAUAACAAAUUUACCCACUGAACUUUAUAAUUGUAUAAAAAAUGCUACUUGCAAUCUUGACACAAUAAUUCUCACUUUAGAAGAUACCGCUAAUUACCUCUGCAAAGAUGAAUUUUCGAAUGGUAAAAUUAAAGUAUCGAUUUCUGAGGUGUAUGAAGAUGGAAUAAAAGAUGUACAAGUAACUAUGACUAGCGAAGCAUUACAUAAAGUUAUUGAAAAGAUGGGUCAAACCAAUAUGAUAGAAGAAAUUUGA